CUAAAAGUGAAAUGGUCAGUCAUUUUGUAACGUUGGUUUGUUGUAAAACUUUUCUGAAGACUGUACCUGGAAAUAUGUCUGGCAGUAAGAUAUACUAUUCAGACAGGUACAAUGACGACCAGUAUGAGUACAGACAUGUGGUUCUGCCUCGGGAGAUGGCCAAGCAUGUGCCAAGAUCCCACCUGAUGUCUGAAGACGAGUGGAGACAACUGGGCGUGCAGCAGUCCCAAGGAUGGAUCCACUACAUGAUACAUGAACCAGAGCCCCACAUCCUUCUGUUUAGAAGACCUCUACUAAAGCAUUGACACAGUUCCACUGGAAGAUUCCUUUUGGCAUCUUUUCUUUUUAAGUAUUCAGUGAAUACUCUUUAGUUGCUAGUUAUUUGUGCUGCACAUUAU